UUAUUAAAAUUUUAUGUAAAUAAACAAUUCCAAAGCGGUUGAACUUGAUUAAUUGCCCGCCAUUCUCCAACACACUGACACACACACACACACUACAUAGAUGUCAAGUGGACCAAAUAGUAGCGGAAUUUGUCUUCAGGCUUAUGGAAAUCUAGUAAAAAAGUCAGACGAAAUCUUUUUUUUAUAUUCAUAGGAUCACAUCGUUGGGAUUUGCUGGUGUGAAUCAACAAGCUACUACAAAAACGGAGUCCAACGUGAAACAUUAUAAUCCAGGAUGGCGGGAAAUUCGAUGGAUCCAAACAAGGAUAUUAAAAUAUUGAUGAAUCAACUAAAUCAUCAGCAGAGACAACAACAACAUCCACAGCAGAGCUCAAACAAUACAGCCAAUGCCAAAUAUGCCAGCUCAGCUGCUACGGCGGGAUCCACAGCCAUAAGAAUGUGUCCAUCAUCAGCGAAUAGAACUAACUACAACAACAACAAUAACAAUAAUAAUAAUAACAAUAGCAAACAAUUUAAUGAAUUAUGCAUGAAAGCCCAAGCUGGACAAAAAUUAAUGAUCAUAAUGCGCGGUCCACCUGGUUGUGGUAAAUCCACAUUGGCUGAUAAUUUACUAAGACAAAGUCAUCUCCUCGAUAAACAGUCGCAACAGCAACAACAAUUGACAGCCAAAGAUUUUAUAUUCAGCAGUGAUGAUUAUUUUUUCAAUAAUCGUCAAGUAUAUCAGUUUAAUGCAAAUCAAUUACCCGAUGCCCAUGCCUGGAAUCGUAAACGUGUCCAGGAGAAAGCCUCCAAUGGCUGGAGUCCCAUAAUUGUCGAUAAUACCAAUAUUAUGAUAUGGGAAAUGCAAACAUAUGUCCAAAUUGCUAUCCAAUAUGGCUAUCUAAUCGAAUUACUUGAACCACAAACCAAUUGGUCCAAAUCGGCCAGUAAAUUGGCCCAAAAGAACAUCCAUCAGGUGCCACGAGAGAAUAUCCAACGUAUGUUGGAACGUUUUGAGAAAACUACAGUGCCAGAAUUGAUCAGGUCUAUAAAAAAUACAAAAUACACGGUGCCAUUGCCACAAUUGCGAAAGCAACCACCAUUGCCGGCCUUGCCAGCAGCACCGCCGCCUGCAGCACCACCUACACCAACGCCCACGUCAGUGUCUGCAACCACGCCCACCAUUGCUAGCAGCAGCACAAUCAAUACAAGUGCCACAACAAUUGUUGCCAAUGAGGAGAAUAUAAGUCCAAAUUCAAGUUGCUUUAAACUAAAUGCAAAUGCCUCAAGUUGGUUACCUUAUGAACAGAAUGCUACCAAUUAUUGGUUUCAAAAUGAUAGCCAAGUGGAUCCAAUCCCAGAAAUAUUCCCACCGUUAAACAGCAGUUAUAAUAAUAAAUCAUCAAGUGCACUAAAUGAGACAUCCAUACUGGAUCUAUUGCGAGAUGAUCAAGAAAAGAAGCAAACGGAUGAUGAUGAUGAAACUGCAAUUUCUAGUUUAUUGCAACGACAUUCAUUGGAUUGCCCGAAUGAGGCAAGUGGUUUUGUUAUACUACGGCAAAUGUAUGCUAAUAAACAUGUCACCGGACUCUGGGAUCUCUAUGUCAAAUGUAAAGGCGAUGUGGAUUGGGCUGUUGAUAUAUUAAUUAAAGAAUCUGAACUAAAUGCCGAAAGCACACAAGAUUACCAAGAAGAUGGCCUAUCGCCGGAUGAGUUUCAAUGCGAUUGUUCUAAUCUGGCCACGGGCAUAGAUGGAUUUGUAGUGGCAACAACAGCCGAGAGUGAUGUGAUGGCAGCGACAGCGACGGUUCCAUUGCCCAUUCAAUCACCAGCAGCAGCUCCGAAACUGAUGCCCAAGCCGCAACGUCAACAACGUUGCCGACGCAACAAUGGUUCGAUGGCAAAUACAAAUACCAAGGAAUUGCAAUUGCAAAUACAAAAUUGCUUUACUUUAGGUGAUGAUCAAUACUCGGAACAUACUCGUAAAAUACGUGAUAUACGCAAUGGAAUACUCGAUCUAUCAUUACCAUUGCCAACAGCAAUGAUUGCCAAUGCUCCCGGUGGAGUAGGAGGAGGAUCUCCUGCAAUGGAAACCCAAACACAAACACAACCAACACAAGAGGAUGACGAUAAUGAGGAUCCUGAGGAGAAUACUCUAUUAGAAAUUGAUUUGGGUGAAACUUUGAUUAAACAAUUGCGUACACAUUGUCAUUAUGAGGGUGAAAUGUUGCCACCCGACCAGGAAUUGCCGCAUACGAAAGUGUUUAUACCACGUCAUUUGGUUAAACAAUUGCACAUGUUAUGGAUGGAAUCGGUAUUCAAUCAAUUGGAAGAACAACGACAUCAAACAAAACGAGAUGAUGAGCAAUUCGCUAGAUUAUUGCAAAAUCCAAAAUAUGCCGAAUACACCGAAUCGCCAAGUAAUGUUAAUGAAUUGCUCGAUAUGGAGAUGGCAUUGACAAUCUAUCAAAGUGAAUUAUUGGCUGAAAAACAAGCUGCCGAGCAGAGGCAACAACAGCGUCCAAAUGAUAUAGCCACACAUUUAACUAAAAUGAAAUUAUGUGAAAAAUUUCCAGAUAUACCGAAGAAUACAAUGCUUGAGAUAUUUGAAUCAACCGGUUGUAAUUAUGGUAAAACAGUUGAAUUAAUUGAUAGCGAAGUGAAAAGUGAAUUGAGCGGUGCAGAACUGUAUAAACAGGUUGUCCUGGAGAGUGAGAAGCUAAAUGCACAAGUGGCACGUGAGGAGAAUCAACCACAACAACAACAGCAGCAGCAACAACAAUCGAGAUCUAGAUCAUCUUCCUCAUCAAAUCGUGCUGUGCCAGUCCUUAGCGAGGAUGCAAAACGUGCUGCAUUACGUGAUUUUGAAGAGACACGUAACAUGGCCGCCCAUCAUUCCCAAUUGAAGGCCGAAUGUUAUUUAAAAGCCAAACAAGCCAUACAACAAGGCAAUGGCAGUGUUGCUCUCUAUUACUCAGAAAUUGCACAAUUGCAUAAAACCAAAAUUGACGCAUUCAAUCAUCGUGCGGCCAAUUCCAUUAUAGAAGUCCAUAAGCAUACUCAAAACAAUCCCGAUCUAUUGGAUUUACAUUAUCUGCAUGCCGAUGAGGCCAUCAGUUGUUUGGAUAUAUUUCUAGAUCAUCAUAUCACUGGUCUACGUAAUUCGACACGUGUCUAUAAGCAUGUCUUUAUCAUUACGGGCCGUGGUCUGCAUAGUGCCAAUGGUGUAUCGACCAUAAAGAAUAAGGUGAAGACCAGAUUGGGUGAGCGACGUUUGCGCUGGCAGGAAGUUAAUCCUGGUCUAUUAAGAGUGAAAGUUUUUUCAGCCUCUCGUCAUGCCAAAAACAUUUGAUUACCCCCAGACAAUGAUAAUUGGGUGAUGGAUCAUUGAAAUAAACAGGAAAUUGCACAGAAUACAGGAUGGGACAGCAAAAAAAAAAAAAAAAACAAUCGAUUGGGAAAUAGUAAUCUAAGAAACCAACAAAAAAUUAAGCUACCUCAUCAUUAACAUAUAUAAAUCUUUAGUUGUUCUGUUCGUUCGAA